CCUUACGUACAAAUGCAACGUUAGCGGGCUUUCGGGGGUACACUUGGCGCGUCGUCGUUUGCGUGUUGGCGAGCUUUUCGUCCGAACUACACAUUUUGACGUCGUGGAGAGUUUUUCUUUUGGGAGGUGAAACUACUCACACGGUCCCAGGAUGCAUGUGAUUAAGAGAGAUGGGCGCCAGGAGCGCGUCAUGUUUGACAAGAUUACCUCCCGCAUCCAAAAGCUUUGCUACGGCCUCAACGCUGACUUUGUAGACCCGGCUCAAAUCACCAUGAAGGUGAUCCAGGGUUUGUACAGCGGCGUCACCACGGUGGAGCUGGACACGCUGGCGGCAGAGAUCGCAGCGACGCUCACCACCAAGCACCCCGACUACGCCAUCCUCGCCGCUCGCAUCGCUGUGUCAAACCUCCACAAGGAGACCAAGAAAGUGUUCAGCGAGGUGAUGGAGGAUCUCUACAACUACGUCAAUCCUCUUAAUAUGCGUCACUCGCCCAUGAUCUCCAAGGAAACUCUGGACAUGGUCCUGGAAAACAAAGACCGCCUCAAUUCGGCCAUCAUAUAUGACCGCGACUUCUCCUACAACUUCUUCGGCUUCAAGACACUGGAACGCUCCUACUUGCUGAAGAUAAACGGCAAGGUGGCAGAGAGACCGCAGCACAUGCUCAUGAGGGUGGCCGUCGGCAUCCACCGCAUGGACAUCGACGCCGCCAUUGAGACGUACAACCUGCUCUCUGAGAAGUGGUUCACACACGCCUCGCCCACAUUGUUCAACGCCGGCACCAACAGGCCUCAAUUGUCCAGCUGCUUCCUGUUGGCCAUGCAGGACGACAGCAUUGAAGGCAUCUACGACACCCUCAAGCAGUGCGCCCUGAUCUCCAAGUCAGCAGGUGGCAUCGGCGUAGCAGUCAGCUGCAUCCGCUCCACGGGGAGCUACAUCGCCGGCACCAAUGGUAACUCCAACGGCUUGGUCCCCAUGCUGAGGGUCUACAACAACACAGCGCGCUACGUGGACCAGGGCGGCAACAAGAGACCCGGAGCCUUUGCCAUGUAUCUGGAGCCAUGGCACUUUGAUGUCUUUGAUUUCCUGGAGCUGAAGAAGAACACGGGGAAGGAGGAACAAAGAGCCAGAGACCUUUUUUAUGCCCUCUGGAUCCCAGAUCUCUUCAUGAAGAGAGUGGAGAGCAACCAAGAUUGGUCCCUCAUGUGUCCCAGUGAGUGUCCCGGCCUGGACGAAUGCUGGGGUGAUGAAUUUGAGGCGCUCUACACCAAAUACGAGAAGCAAGGUAGGGUAAAGCGGGUGGUCAAGGCUCAGCAGUUGUGGUACGCCAUUAUCGAGUCGCAGACAGAAACAGGAACUCCAUACAUGCUCUACAAAGAUGCUUGCAACAAGAAGAGCAACCAGCAGAACCUGGGCACCAUCAAAUGCAGUAACCUUUGCACUGAGAUCGUAGAGUACACCAGCCAGGACGAAGUGGCCGUCUGCAACCUGGCCUCCAUCGCCCUCAACAUGUACGUCACUCCAGAGCGCACAUACGACUUCAAAAAGCUGGCGUCCGUCACUAAAGUCAUCGUGAAGAACCUGAACAAGAUCAUCGACAUCAACUACUACCCUGUUCCUGAAGCAGAGAGGUCCAACCUGCGUCACAGGCCCAUCGGGAUCGGCGUCCAAGGAUUGGCGGACGCCUUCAUCCUCAUGCGCCAUCCCUUUGAAAGCCCAGCGGCUCAGCUACUCAACAGUCAAGUUUUUGAGACCAUCUACUACGCAGCCCUGGAGGCCAGCUGCGAGCUUGCGGCCGAGCACGGCGCCUACGAGACGUACCCCGGCUCGCCCGUCAGCAAGGGCGUGCUCCAGUAUGACAUGUGGGACAAGACCCCCACCGACUUGUGGGACUGGAAAAUACUCAAGGAGAAGAUCGCCAAACAUGGCGUGAGGAACAGCUUGCUGCUGGCGCCCAUGCCGACGGCCUCCACCGCCCAAAUCUUGGGUAACAAUGAGUCCAUUGAGCCUUACACUAGCAACAUCUACACUCGCAGGGUCCUCUCUGGAGAGUUCCAGAUCGUUAACCCUCACCUGCUCAAAGAUCUCACCGAGCGAGGACUCUGGAAUGAAGACAUGAAAAACCAGCUCAUUGCUCACAAUGGAUCAAUCCAGAACAUCCCCGAGAUCCCAGAUGACCUGAAAGAACUUUACAAAACCGUGUGGGAGAUCUCCCAAAAGACGGUUAUCAAGAUGGCCGCAGACAGAGGGGCCUUUAUUGACCAGAGUCAGUCCCUGAACAUCCACAUAGCCGAGCCCAACUACGGCAAACUGACCAGCAUGCACUUCUACGGCUGGAAACAAGGCCUGAAGACGGGCAUGUAUUACCUGCGCACCAAGCCUGCUGCCAACCCCAUCCAGUUCACGCUAAACAAGGAGAAGCUGAAGGACGCGCAGUCGGAGAAAGCCUCCGAGCAGGAGGUCAAGGAGCGCAACACUGCUGCCAUGGUGUGUUCCUUGGAGAACCGAGACGAGUGCCUCAUGUGCGGCUCUUGAACGCUCCCCGUCAUUAACACUAGCUUCUAUUCUUCACUGUGAAGAGUUAAUUGUUAAUACUCUUAAAAUGUCACUUAUUAUUGAAUGGCCGUAAUAAAAUUUCUAUAUACUGUCUGAAGAUGAAAUGCAAGUACAAUAGGUUCAACCUGCAAAAAAAUGAAUAUUUUUAUUUUAUAAAAUGAAAACAAUUUACACUUACAUGUACACUUAUUACAGCCCAGAGCAACCAGAAGAGGAAAAAUGUAGACAAACGGUACCCUCCUCAUCCUUGCUAUUUUCUGCAGCAGUGACAACAAAAAUAAAUUAUCAAAACAUUCAAGCAUCUACAAAGA